GACUGGUAAUGCCUUGACGUGGAUCAGCAGCGGGCGACUUCUCCCAUGCGUCAGGCAGGUCUGCUUCAGUCUGCUGUGUGUUUAAACAUGUCCUCCUCCUCCCCACCGCCACGCAGCCUCGCGGAAAUCCAGCGGCGGAUAGACGACGUCAAGCGGUUUCUCUCCAUGACCCUGAGAAUCGCCAACGCGCACACGGUGGAGUUUUACACUCACGACGUGUGGGAACGGUUCGUGGCGGUGUCACCGGAGGAGGUGCUGUCAGCCGUUAGGCCCGGGAGUGGCCGGCAGGGGGCGCCAGAGCCUAAAGGAAAAGAGCCAUCGGGAACCACAUUUGGAUUUUCCCGUGACACAAAUCGGCUCGCCGAUACACAUGAACUUUUUCAGGCAGCCAAGGCCCACUCACUCCCGGGCCUCGGAGUCUGCUGGAGCAGGGACGAGCUGCUGCAGGUCCUCAGGGAGGACGGGUCUGAAUAUGGCGCUCCACCAGCAGAGACAGGUAGCAGACGUGAUGAGCUGGUGCCAGAUGAGUUUAUGAACUCUAAGAAAUCCCACGAGGUGCAGUCCAUGUCCGAGGUGGUGUCCUGUUUGGCCCAGCACUGUGGAGUCAAACAGGUGAUAGACGUGGGCUCAGGGAAAGGCUACCUGAGUUCUUUCCUGUCGCUGCAAUAUGGCCUCCGGGUGUACGGCAUCGACUCCUCCACCACCAACACCCAUGGGGCCCAGGAGAGGAACAGGAAGCUGAAGAAGUUCUCCAGAGUCUACCAAAAACACACCAAGGCAGUGAGGGCACAGGGAGGGGCCCCGAGUUCACCUCAGGAGGAGUCGGUCGAAAUAAAACCCGGAACAAAUGCAGACUAUGGCGUUUUAUGUGGUGCUGGGGGAGGAAUUAUGUCACAGGAGGAAGAGAAGGUUCUAACUGUAUCAUCAGAUGUCAGCCCUGUAGUUGAAACACAUUUGGAAACUGAGGAUCUUUUCCUCGGCGCCCUGUCGGUGGAUGUGAUACAGACUACACCCCCCAGAAUCUCCCCCAGCCACCUGAGCGCUGAGGAGAGGGAGAGGAGGAAGAGGGAGAACCUGGAGAGGAAAGCUCUGAACAGGACGGAGAGCGCCAGUACCGUGUUCUCACCGCUCACAUCUUACGUUACUGCGGAAACGGAGCUGCGAGAGCUCAUCAGCGAGCUGGAGGAUGCGGUCUUGGUCGGCCUGCACACGUGUGGCGACCUGGCUCCCAGCACCCUGAGGAUGUUCGUGGCCAAACCGGAGCUGGCUGCAGUCUGCAGCGUUGGCUGCUGCUAUCACCUGCUGUCUGAGGAGUUUGACCCCGCCGAACAGGAGCCCUUGCACAGAGUGUGCGGUUUCCCGCUGAGUCAGUACAUCCGCAACCAGUCCUGGUUCUGCGGCAGGAACGCCAGGAUGUCUGCGUGUUUGGCACUCGAGAGAGUUUCCCUCGGCCAGGGGAUUCAGAUGGAGUCUCUGUUCUACCGCGCAGUCCUUCAUGUUAUUCUGAGGGAUCACUAUGGCUCCUACAAAAGUGAGAAGCGAGUCGGGAAUGUCUACUCCAAGGCUAAGUCGUUCGUGGACUACGUUCGUCGAGCUCUGCGCAGGCUGGAGCUGGAUGAAUCGAAGCUGUCUGACGACGACAUCCAGGUUUACCACGACACACACAGGCCGCGAAUGGACGAGAUGCACGCCUUCAACAUGCUGAAGGUGAUGCUGGCUCCCUGCAUUGAAGGUCUGAUUCUCCUGGAUCGCCUGUGCUAUCUGAAAGAGCAGGAGAACACAUCUCUCUCGGCGCUGGUGCAGCUCUUUGAUCCCCUGCUGUCUCCGAGAUGUUACGCUGUCGUCGCGCUGAAGACUCGUGGAAACACAAUCGCGCGCUGAUGAACUCAUACAUAUGCACACGAUUACAUCGCGCUGAUUGAAGGGGGUCAUGAUUAUACAUGAUCACCAAUUACAUGUGAAAAGUGACUGUUUAAUGCUUGUUUUAGUCACAUGAGUGAUUUCAUCCAAAUUGGGUAAUUUAUUUUCGCCGUCUCCGUAUCAGGUUCAGCAACAUCUUGUUUUUAUUUCAUACACUUUACUGUCUUUGAUGAAAAACAAAUGUUGGGUAUUUUUUUCCGGGCCCCGGUCCUUGACCUUGUGCUCCCCCCUCGGAGGACGACACAUGAAAACACAUGUUUUAAAACACCUGGAAAAACUGUCGGCUCCGUUUGAUUGAAUUAUAGCCAUUUUGUCUUUUGUCUGUAUGUUCGAGUGACUCUUGAGAAAACACUUGAUUUUAAGGAGCCUCCCGGGAGACGGGGAGCAUCACGGGACUUCGGGAGACUUGGAUCACUUCUGUUGACAUGUCUGGAAAGCCAAUUUCUAGGCUCGCAAACCGGAGGCAGUAGGGAAAACCAUAGACAAGGCAAGAGGCGCCCUUGAUCCCUUUUUUUUUGUUGUUGAAUCUUUAAUUCUGUUCUGCUCUGUCCCUGCUCAUUUAAUAAAUCAUUCUCUUUUCA